GACUGGGGCAGGGAUUGCUCAAAGACUGGAGAGCCCGGGCCUGGCCUCAAGGCAAGGGCUCCAGAGCUGGACUCCUGCCUAGUCCUGCCCUCUCGCCACCCGUGGCAGUGCAGUUUGUCUUCUCUCCUGCCUGCGCACACAUUCGGGGUUGCUGCUGGUGGCUGAUGCUCCUACAGGCUGCAUGGGUUCUGAAAUGUCCUUCCUGCCUGACUUUGGGAUCUUCACCAUGGGCAUGUGGUCUGUUGGCCUUGGAGCCAUUGGUGCAGCUGUGACAGGGAUUGUCCUUGCUAACACUGACUUAUUUUUGUCCAAGCCAGAAAAGGCGACCUUGGAGUUUUUAGAGGAGAUAGAGCUAAAAACUUUGGGAUCAGAGCAAAGGACAUUCAAAGCACGUGAACUGUGGCAGAAGAAUGGUGCAGUGAUCAUGGCUGUGCGAAGACCUGGAUGAUUUUUGUGCAGAGAGGAGGCUUCUGAGCUCUCCUCUCUGCAACCUCAGCUGUCCAAGCUGGGUGUCCCUCUCUAUGCUGUUGUGAAAGAGAAGAUAGGGACUGAAGUGGAGGAUUUUCAGCAUUAUUUCAAAGGAGAAAUCUUUCUGGAUGAAAAGAAGGGCUUUUAUGGUCCACGCAGACGAAAGAUGAUGAUGUCAGGCUUCUUUCGUAUUGGAGUCUGGCAAAAUUUCUUCCGUGCUUGGAGAAGUGGAUAUAGUGGUAACCUGGAAGGAGAAGGAUUCACCUUGGGAGGAGUAUAUGUGAUUGGGGCAGGAAGACAGGGUGUGUUACUGGAGCAUCGUGAGAAGGAGUUUGGAGACAAAGUCAGCCUUCCAUCUGUCCUUGAAGCUGCUGAGAAGAUAAAACCACAGGCUUCAUAAGUGGAAAAACAGUUGCACAUGUUUCUGAUCACAGCUUGAAACGUAGACUGCAUCCGUUUCUUGAAUGUGCAGUUUAAUUGCUUAACUAUUUGGUGUUCAAUGCACUGGAAAGGUUCUCUAUUCAAACAUAGAAACUAAUGAAAAUCCUCUUGGAUUGUUUUUUGUUCCUUUGCAGCCUUCCAGGUGGUCAGGAUUUCAACUGCUCCUUUGUAUCUGACUGUAUUAAUGAAAGGCUGGGUCUAAAAUCUGACCUAGCCUAGAUGUUUUCAGUCAGAGACAGUCGGUUGAAAACCUGUCUACCUAGGGGAGCAAAACUCUGCUAAGGCUGGAGUAAAGGAGUACCAGCUGAAGUUGAAGGAUAAUAAAUCUUUAUGUAAACGAAA